AUGGGAAACUGUUUAAAAGUAACAAAGGCAGGGGACUCUCAGUAUUCAACACAUGAUGAACCUAAUCCUUUAAGCUAUAAGCUUAAAAAUCCAUUCAUCAACUGUGAAUUAGCAUGUGGAAAUAAUAAUUCACAUGAAGUACAAGGAGCUGGUGAUAAUAUCAAAGAAAAGGGAUCACAUGUAAUUUGUGAUUUAACCAGUGAUGCAAAUUAUAUCCAUUCAACAUCGCAUAAAGAUGGACGUGAUUUGCGUCAUCGGAAUGUAGUCAAUUAUAAUAAGUCACAUCAGUUAAGUAAUGAUAUACAAGAGAUUGAUAAAAAUGGUUUAAUUUGGCUUAAUUAUCCUUUAUCAUUAAAACCAGACGGUGAUGUAUAUUAUGAUUGUGAAACUAGUUCAUCUUUCGCUGAAACUUGGGAUCCUAUUCUAUUCGAUAAUCCUCCUGACCAUCAAAUUUCUAGAAAAGAUAAGUCAAGGCAUAAUUAUUUUCAUAUUAGAAAGGCGAGUACGAAUUCAAGAAAUCAUAAACACUUCAGUGAAGACAAUAGUCUAAAAAAUAAUGAUUUAGAGACAUUUGAACAAAGUUAUUGGCCACUGAUAAGUACAUCCAUACUCGGAUUUACUGUCUUACGGUCAGAUAUACCCGAUAUAGUAGAAUGGUUACGUAACGGUGAGCUAGAAAAUCAUAAAGCUCAUCUAAACAGAUUUUUGAUUAAGUGGGAACAAAAAAGUGAAAGUAACACCAAUGCGGAUGAAAUAGGCGACAAUACCCUUAAAAGUGGUUUCACAUCCAUCCAUAAUGGAUGGUUACGUUACACAAUAUUUAUAUAUCAAGAAAAAUCAGACAGUAUCAAAUUUCUCACUAUUUACCGUAAAAUGAAGCAUAUCUUUCUUAGUUUGGAAGUAAGAACAGGCUGUGAAAUUCGACUGAGUAGAAACUUAUUUCUGUAUAAAGGAAAGUUAGUCCGUACCAUUGUUAUUGAUGGCCCAUCAAGAAAACAAAUUCUUCGGUGUUAUUCAAGUCUACCGGAACUACUAACACGCUUAAUGAUUUUAGAAUGUGAGCGACCAAGUAUGACAGAACCAGUAACAUCGUAUCAAUUUAAAGAAAAUGGAAAAUAA